AUGGGUUCGUACGACUUCUACACCUUGGUGACGUGCCUGUUGAUUCUGGCACUGCAGAUUCACAACCCGUUCCAGGAGCGGACGUGUCGUGAACCGACUCCCAGGCCGCAGGAGCCUGCGGAAGCAGGUGCGGUGCCGUCUGCGCCAACUCGCCGGCCCCGUGAGGUGGCCGCAGCGGCAUCCUCUCCUGGGCUCUCCACAGAUGCCCUGCUGCGGGAGUUGGACUCCCUUCAAGACAAGGCCAAAGAGCAGCAGGAGACCCUGGCGGCGGCUGGGCGCAUGCCUCCACCCAGCCCCAUCCUCCAACACCUCAAGGAGACCGAGGCAGCGAUGCCUCCACAGGUGCAGGUGCCGCCGCGAGCGGCCCCUCAGCCAAUGCCACAGGCCCAGGUACCUCCAGGACUGUCGGCCGCUCCUGCGCCGCAGGGCGCAGGGGUCUUGGUGCGGCGGCGGGAGGAGCUCGGCCAGGUGCUGCAGGCCCAAAUGCCCAGGGGUCUGGGAGUCCUCCUCGGCGUGGGGCGCGGCGAUUUCGCGGUACGCUUGCUGCGGGACUGGACGUCGUCGCAUGGCCUGUACCUGGUGGAUCCAUACAUCCACCAGUGGCGUGGCUACGAUGACCCGGCGAACCUGCAGGACAACGACCACCAGCUGAUCUUUGAGGAUCUUCGCAAUCGCCUGGAGCCCUUUGAAGGCCGCUAUGUUCUGGUGCGCGACUUCUCAUACUCCUUCGCGGAGGUUUACAAGCGCGGGGAUCAGACGCCAGCUGUUGCCACGUUCAUUUACGUGGACGCAAACCACGCCGAGGAAGCGGUCUCCCGGGAUCUGGAGCUCUGGUGGCCCAUCCUGGCACCUGGAGGACUUAUGGGAGGUAGCACCUACAUGGAUGAUUCUGGCAGAAACAUCUAUGUACGAAGUGCCGUGGACAAGUUUGCUGCCCGACGGCAGCUGCAGGUCAUCACCACCACGGACGACAUGCCGGCGUCGUGGUUUAUCGUGAAGCCGUGA